CACACACACACAGACAUCGCCGCUAGCGAGGUAUAUCUCGCUCGCCCGUUUGUGGACACCCCUCCUCACCGGACUGGUCGAGUUUCCACAGCGCGCCAGCGUCCCACGACUGCGAAGAACGUGUACGCAGAGUGCCACUUGCCAUGUUCUCGGUCAUCGCGUUCGUCGUCGCCGUCGUCUGCUGCUGCUCCGUUCAGCGGUGCGCAGCAGACGACGUCCGGGCGACGCCAGCCGUGCCGUCGUCGACGCCGAACCCCGGCGGUGCCACAGAGGAGCUCAAGUCGGCGUCCAACGAGUCGCUGGUGGAGGCACCGCCUCCUCCAACGACGCAGCAGUUGGAUCCGGACUACGGGGAAGGCGAAGUCGACGCCGAAGAUGACGAGGAGUCGCCGGCGAACGACACACAGGGUUCCGGACCGACGGUGCGGCGCGGCUAUGCGCGGCUGGCCUUCAACAACUGCGGCGAAGAGACGGAUCCGCUGUUCGUGACGGGCUUCGACCUGGACCCGAACCCCGUGCAGAUCCCUGGCCCCCUGUCCGUAGGAAUCCGCUUCAGACUGAACGAGAACAUCACAUCUCCCAUCGCGGUGCACCUGGAGAUGCAGAAGAAGCUGACGCUCCUGUUCGGCCUAUCCACGUGGCUGACGAUACCGUGCCUGCCCAAUGGCGUGGGUUCGUGCACGUACGACGACAUCUGCAAGAUACACCUUUUCUCCAAGCCGGAAUGCCUACACCCGAAAACAGGGGAGGAGAUCCCGUGCCAGUGUCCCUACCACGAGGGUGAGUGGCGCCUAAAGCCGACCACAUUCAAGGUGCCCGAGCUUCCGCCGGACCUUCCCUCGUACCUGCUCGACGGCGAGUUCGUCAUCAAGGCCACUGUGCUGCGCGACGGAGAGCAGAUCGGCUGCUAUUCCACAGACGUUGAACUCAACCUGUGACCUCGGCCCCGCGGCGGAGCGCGGGGACUCCCAAAUGUCCUCCUGUGUGCUUAAUAUCGUGCGUGUGUGAGAGUGUGUGCUGUGUCGUGCCUCCGUCCCACUUUUGAAGCCCCGAGAACGACAUCGGCGGUGACCGCAGAAUGCCGCGGAACUGGAAUGGUCUUUGGCGGGCCGUCGACCCUCUGGGGUGACACAUCCUGCGAGACGUCGAGUCAGCGUUUGCGAGUCGCUUCUUCGGCGACUGACAACGACCCGAGACAAAGUCACGCAGAGGAAUUCCACGAGACAGCGUGCAUCGCCUGUGCUAUGGUUCACCCACCGGCAAACCUUAGAAUCCCACUUUCAUCAGCCUAUCGUUGCAUCACAAUCUGAAUUGCCGAGGGAGCGUGCGUUUUCUCUCUGUCUUAUCUGUCUCUGAGCUAGACGGUAUCGAAACUGACACACGUUUUUCUUAGUGCGCAGUCGCCACACGGAACCGUAGGGGCUGGCCGGUCAACAAGACUUUAUAUGAAGGACUCCAGUCUCACAUUUAUCGGUCAAUUGAUUGACUCUCUGUCGCGCACGGUUUGUGUCGAACCUAAGCUAUUGCCAAGAAUUUCGUCUUAUCACAAUUACUGCACUGCUGCCGGCGAGAGGGGGCACUGCAUCAAAUGAUAUCUAUUUGCUAAUUCAAAGAAACUGCUGGCAACUUCUCAGUCCUUCACUGAGCUCUACUUAACAUGUAGGUUACUGUUAAGUGGUACAGCCCGACGCAUCUUAGAGGGACACGAAAAAAAAAAAACAAGGACGAGCGCUUUUCGGUGUCCCUCUGUCCUGCGUCGCGCUGCACCACUCAACAUUAUGGAAAAUCAACUAGCCCAAACCACUACCCUUCUAUAUAGGUUACGUUUGCCUAGGUUUAACUUGUAUUAGUCAUUCUGGUUUCAAAAAACAUGGCACGCCACUUCAUUCAGUUCUAUCAUGACAGAGGAAACCGUCCUUGCAAGUUGUCAGCCUGUUGUCUUUACUGUCAUGACGUCACAAGCUCAAUUACUUUGAUUGCUGUUUGUCAUAUUCAUAUUCCAACGAUAGCAGCAGUUACUACAGACAGAUGUUGGCGAAAUGCGAGAACACCCGUGUACUUAGAUUUAGGUAGACUGCGUGCCUGGCUUUUGGCAUGCGUGCAGUGGUUUUGGCGCGUAAAACCCCAUAAUUUAAGCUACAGACAGAUUUGUAGCUUUCCGGUAGAAAAAGAUGCGCAACCUGCCGGUCUCUUGCGCACAUCAGUUGAUAUUUACUGAAUUUUUGGGAACAAAUAAUUGACAGAAACAAAGCAGCUUAUUUGGUAACAAGCUUUCUUCUUAUGUUAUUUUUUUCUUGUUUUUUCGUAGUUGCAAGUUACAACUGGAGCGGGCGUACUUGCCUUGUAAUGUCAUCUUUUUAUCUUCGCGUAGUCUCCAAUCAUGGCAAAGUUGGUCAAAGCACAAAGCAACUAGUCCCGGCGCAGAGUCGCGAUAGAUGAGACAUGCUAUCUGAAAGGACAAUGUACAGUAAUGCGGUCUUCCCGCGCUGGCGCGAUGUGUGCGUGGUAUGAUUAACUCAGCGUCUCCUCAUGAUGGUAACGCUUACAUUGACGAGUUUUUUUAAUCACGAAGGCCACACAAGCGAUCUCGAGGUCCUGCCAAUUUCAGGCCUUGCGUCUAAUGACUCUCCGCCGAACAGGGACAGCAGCAACGCUCCGCGAGCGAUUGUUUCAAGGUUUCGCUCAUUUCAUCAUGACUGGAUGUCAGGAUCAACUGUACACGAACAACCUGCCUGUAACGCGUGGUUUUUUGCCAUUGCCUCGCAAACUCUUCCUCUGAAUUUCAAUCUACUAUAAAUACCAAAUCUCAGGAAGCCAGUACAGGGUAACCAGACUCUCGGCAAUUUUUGUACUGGAAAAAGCAAGAAAUUAAGUUCUACGCAUGUGCUGCCUGACUCGUGAUGUAAAUAGUAAACUUAUGGCAAUGACGUAUAUGCAACUGCAAAGGAAGGUGAUGAAACUUUUAUGGGCGUAAGUCACAUUUUGUAUCAUAUAAAUAUAGAUCGUGGUUGAGGGAAAACCCAAGACGGCAAAAAAAAAAAAAAAAGAACGAUGGCCGUCUAGAAGUAUGGACGACGGCUUUAUUCCCACGAGGUGAUAAUGAAAUUAUGAAAAAUUCUAGAGUCGUACAAGAAAACAAAGUGAGUAAUUACAGACGAGAUAUUCGCAUACCAUGAUAGAAUUAGUUGUGCUAGUUUGUGCGUGUUUAUAGAGUGGACACAGACACUUGUACCAUACCACGUCUUGAUCGUCGUUGUCCAUUUGGCUUGCACCACAUAUUUCUGGCCCAAGUACCAACACCCUGACUUGACUCGCCACGCCUAUAUUUUUAUUAUUCACUAUUGAGAAUGUUCCUGGUUUGCAUGUUUUACAAAGACUUAGAAUGAGCACAGCACCAUGGGAAUAAAAUUAGCAUGACUUUCGCCGACGAUUAUUGACGCUUCAACAAAGCAUAUAGUAAAGACUGAAAUAUGUUUUCUGCGAGCAUGUGAGAAUACGUUUCAAUACCCUUUGUGUCAAGUUUGUGAAAGUGUGCAUCUUUAGCUACGGAUAUUUCGUUUCGUAUCAUUCCUAAGGUACAUAAUCUGAUGAAAGCUGCGCACGUGUUUACAGGGCUGCGGUAGUCAGACUGUGCAUCCACAGACAAGGGCAUUUCUUUGUUAGGAAUUGUUUAGCAGCUUUCGAGUGACCCAAAGUUCUUUAAACAAUUUCAGUUUAUAGAAAACUUAUAGUUUACUGUGCUCCUAGAGAGGUAUGUAUACCUAUAUUAUAUGUGAAAUGUCGAAAAGCGCACUUGUUACUUGAUCAAACUUCUAAAAUUACGGCGCCCUUUUUAUUUAUUUUUUAUACGCUCAGGAAAUAUUUCCUGGCACAUUUUCGGUGAAUCAAUUGAAAGAAAGCGAAAUAUUUGAGUUUUGUAGAAAGAUAUAAGGGAAAGUUCUUAAGGUGCUCCACAUCAACGAGUAGUUUCAAACGUCACGUUUCAGUUCUUCAAGUUUCGCUUUUGUAUUCAUUUACGCCAAGAAAAAUGAAGAAUAAAGGAUGUUAGAACAUUG